UGUUCACUCUGACAACUGAAUACUGUAUUAUGUAACAAAACAAAUUCAAGUGGCGCCUCCUUACUGCGAAGCUAAGGAGAACAACACACGAAGAGGAGGACCAAGACAUAUUCACUUGAUUUAGUAAGUUAGUUGCUAGCUGAACAAUAUUAAAACGAUGAGAACACCUGGGCUGAGCAUAUGUGAAUGACGGAACCGGCUCCGCCUAAAUCCGUUGUGCUGGAGAGAGGAGGGGGACGACGAACAGUCGACAAGGAGAGAGACUGAUAAAGGAGGGAGGAACUGCUGAAGAAUCAGACCAACUACGAUAAAACCCAGAGAGCCACACCGGGGCUGAGAUUAUGACGUAAGCACGAUCCUGGAGCGUUCAGCGCAUCCAUCGCGCUCCUCAGCAACUUGGUGAAGAGACUCGCCGGCGCGCGUGAAGCUCGGAAGCAGCUGCGCUCAAGCUUCCUCGCCUUAUAAAGUACGUGGGUGACGAAAGCUAUUGCGUGCGCGUAAAUUCAGCACUUUGUUCACGAGACAGCUCCGGUGUGUCGGCUUUCCUAACUUGACUCAAUUUCAAGAGCAGUACUUUAAGUACUUUUUAAAACACUCUCGCACGCAUGAACAUUAGAAGAGUCAUCAUAUUUCUUGCUUUCAUCUAACUGAGAUCCAUAGACUGGGACCUUCUCCACUAAAUAUGUACCAGGGGCAUUUGCAGGGGAAAGACUCUAGGGCUGCAGAUAAGACCGUUGCCAUGGUCCUGAAGGAGAUACCCAAUAAGGCGUCCUCAGAAGGCAAGCCCCUCCUCACGGUGACAAACAAGCUGGUGAGUGAGCAACAAGAGAGCCGUCCCUUGCUGAGCCCUUCCAUCGAUGAUUUCCUCUGCGAGACCAAGUGUGAUGGAGCUGUCCGCCCAGUAACCUCCAACACAGCAGUACUCUCCUCCUCUCUGGACCUGCUGGAUCUGAGUGAGCCUGGUGAGAGAAGACACAGCAAAGACAGGAAGAGCCCUCUUUCUACUAAGGGCACAUCAUAUAGGAAGAAGCCCGAUGAAACAGAGCUGAUACAAGUGGAUGUUGAACAGAGUACACCCUGUUCCCGUACACCUGAAAAGAUUUCACUGGACUCAGUAGCAGUUCCAUCUUCUUUGGACAAAUGGGAAGAACUCAACCCACACCCGGAGCGAAAUAGUAGCAGAAAGUGGAAGCUUGAGAGAAGACGUUCAUCAAAAAAUUCUGGUGAAUUUGUGUGGUCUAUGGAUUGCAAGACUCAGCUAGACACUGCCCCCAGGAACUCCCUGGAGGUCAGUAAUAAAGUAGAGGCAGAAGCCAUGCCAGUAACUCAACUCAACAGGCAAUAUAUUAGUGGAAGACAUGGCCGUUUGAGCAAAGACCAAAGGUGGGGUAGCACACUCCUGUCCAGAAACCAGUCUCUGGAGGAAGAGUUUGAGAGAGCUAAGGCAGCAGUGGAGUCAGACACCGAGUUUUGGGAUAAGAUGCAGGCAGAGUGGGAAGAGCUCGCUCGCAGGAACUGGCUAACAGAGAACGAUCGACCACAGAUUCCCUCUAAUGUGUCUCCUCAUGAAAAGGGGUACUACUUCCACACAGAUAACCCUUUCAAAGACUGGCCAAAUGCAUUUGAGGAGGGGUUACGCAAGUCCAGAGAGGGAGACCUGCCUAACGCUGUACUUCUUCUGGAAGCAGCUGUACUGCAGGAUCCUCAGGAUUCGGAGGUGAGCGACUGGACUGAUAAAACAACAGCAGUCGGCCAGGCUUGGCUGGUGCUGGGUACCACGCAAGCAGAGAAUGAGAAUGAGCAGGCAGCAAUUGUCUCCCUCCAGAGGUGUCUGGAGCUCCACCCCAACAACCUCCAGGCCCUCAUGGCCCUGGCAGUGAGCCUGACCAACACGGGCAUGAGGCAGGAAGCGUGUGAGGCGCUGUUGAGCUGGAUAAGGCACAACCCCAAAUACAAGCAACUUCUGAAGAGCCGCACACACCUCCAGGCCUCACCUGGUUCACGGAGACCCUCCUACCCUUCCGCAAUGGGCUGCCCCCUGCUGCCCGAGGUGAAGGAGCUGUACCUGGAAGCUGCCCAGAACAACUCGGACACGAUCGACCCAGACCUGCAGACAGGGUUGGGAGUGCUGUAUAACCUCAGCUCUGAGUUCAACAAAGCAGUGGAAGCCUUCAACGCAGCGCUGUCAGUGCGGCCGGAGGACUACCUGCUGUGGAAUCGGCUGGGGGCGACGCUGGCUAAUGGAGAUCGCAGUGAGGAGGCUGUGGAGGCCUAUACCAGAGCCCUGGAGCUCCAGCCCGGCUUCAUCCGCUCACGUUACAACCUCGGCAUCAGCUGCAUUAACAUGGGCGCUCACAGGGAGGCAGCCAGUAAUUUUCUGACGGCUCUUAGCCUGCAGAGGAAGAGCAGGAGUCGGCAGCUUUCGCACCAGGUCAUGUCUGGAAACAUCUGGGCGGCCCUGCGGAUAGCGCUGUCCAUGCUGGACCAGCCGGAGCUCUUUCAAGCUGCUAACAUAGGAGACCUGGACUUACUCAUGAAAGCUUUUAACCUGGAUAUGUGAGCGAGGUUACCCUUUACCAUGGAAAAUAUCCAAAGUCCUUUACGAGAAGAACUUUGUCAGAAAAGCAACCUUUGUUUCACAGAGCACCUUUACAUUCCUGAGAACUGAGUGCUGAAUGAUACAAUUUUACUAGAUUUGCACAUCAGUUUACUAUUAACCUAAAGAGCACAAUGCCGGGUGAAGAUUGUACAAGUAUGCCUUAGAGAAAAUAUCAGCUAGACCUGCAACGUAACAGAAGGAAUCAGAGGACACCACAAUUGACUAGAGGAACGCAGACUAUAAAGGUGCAAGAACAACAUAAGCUUGAUGACUUGAUUAGAUGUACUGUACUGCGUAGACUUCAUGUAUUGGUUCGACUGCAUUCUUUAUUUGAGAUGGUGGGGUUAUUAUAGAUUUUAAAGGCACUUAGUUCAACCCUGGACACUCCUCACCUGAUCUCUGCUGCAUCAUCCCCUUUAUUUCCUGAAGCUUGCAGACCAGAUUAAAAAGCCUUACUUAUCUUGCAUGUAAAAUAAAUAAUUGAGAUGUUAUCGAUAUGAUACCAGAUAAAAGCCAUUCCUUGCCAUA